AUGAUUAAAAACAUUGCAUGGCAUGCAAGCCGUAAUAUACUUCCAACCAAAGCCAACCUUUGUCAUCAUAAAGUCUUAGACAAACCAACAUGUGAGGCUUGUGGAAUGGAAGCAGAAAGCAGUGAGCACCUAUUUUGGCAAUGUGACAAAGCUCGAGAAAUAUGGACAACCUCUAGAAUUCCGAUUGACUCAAGUGGGGUACAUUUCAAUGAAUUCGUUGAUCUCUUAUGGCAUUUAAAGUUUGUGCAGCAUUUUGGCGAUGAAAUCCUAGAAUUAGUCAUCACUAUUGCUUGGAGCAUUUGGUUCAAUCAGAAUCAAGUUUGGCAAGGGAAAGCUGAUCAAUCGGCUAAUAUGAUUAUUCACAAAGCCAGAUCAAUGAUUGAGGAAUUUCAGGUGGCAAACUUUCAGCCUUCAGGAUCAUCUAUGAAAGAAGUGGAACUGUGGAUCAACCCAAAACCUCCAUGGUAG